AUGGCAAACGGCAGAGGUCAUCCUGAGUCCUCUCGGAAGCGGUGCCGAUGUUAUAGGCUCUUAUUGCUUGGGCUGGUGGCUACCUUGGCUACGGCAACCGAAAGACUUGCCUAUGCACCCCUCUGGACCAAAGAGAAGAAAAAGGUCGUUGUUCUAGGAGGUGGCUUUGCUGGUUUGGCGGUAGUUCGACAUUUGCGUCGGAACUUCGAGGUGACAUUGGUGGAUGCCAAAAAGUACUUUGAAUUUAUUCCUGGGAUGGUGAGACCAUACUCCAAUCCGGAUCUUCAUCGCAAGCUGGUGGUCGACUAUGCCAGUGUGUGCAAGAAGAUGAAGGUGUCUUGGAUCUGGGGAGCAGCAGAGAAGCUCCAAGGCAACGAGGUGGUGGUCCAAUUGAACUCCUCUGAUCAACAUCGUGUUGCCUACGACUAUUGUGUCGUGGCAACUGGCUGUGACUUCGGUAGCUUGUGGGCUGUCUCACCCACCUCGGGCACCAGGCCAAUCGACCGAAGAUACUUAGAAGGGAGGCAGAAGGAGAUUGAGAAGGAAUACGAUCAAUUGACUGAACUGGCGGAUCGUGGGGCUCACGUGGCGGUCAUUGGAGCUGGCUUUGUGGGUGUGGAGUUUGCUACUGAGCUUAAGCACUACUUUCCUUAUCUACAGAUUAGCUUGGCCAGCCGAAGUGAAUGUUGCUGUCCUACAAUGCCCAAGAGUGCUAGAAGCUACAUCCAGAAGUAUCUAGACAAACACAAUAUCACGACUUAUUAUCAAGUUGAAUAUCCCAACGAAGAUGCUGCAGCCAACACCCUUUGGACACGCUUUGGCCGGCCCUGUCCAGAGCGCGUCUUCAAGAGCAUGGGCAUGAGACCGCAUUGCAGCUUUCUGCCACCUGAGUGCCUCACUGAGAAAGGCUGGGUGAAGAUGACCCCGACAUUGCAGAUUGCGAAUGGUUCUGAGGCUGAUCUUGGCGCUAUUGAUGGAAAGGUUUUUGCAAUUGGAAGCUGCAUCGAUCAAGUGCCGGGGGUGGAUCCUUUGCCGAAGAAUUCAUUCCCAGCAGAAGAGAUGGCGGCGCAUGUGGCCAGAAACAUUCGCCGAUCUGCGAGGGGCAAAAAGAUGAAGCCCUUUUAUUGGCCAUUGCUAGCUGGAGUCUCCGCCACAAGUCUAGGACCAAAGGAUGGCGUUUUGCUUUUGCAGAGAAACAUCUCCAGCGGGGGCAUGGUGGCCCUUCGAGGAAGAGCUGUGGUGUGGGUGAAAGAGAUCAUUCGAUGGACCAAAGUCGAUGAGUGCAAGCUGGGAAUUCUCGGAACGCUUUUUUGGCACUUUGUACACUGA